CUCCGAUACAAUGGAUUUGUCAUACCUAUUUUUAUUUUUAAUUGUUUGGCUUCGUAAAAUAGAAAACUAAUCAUAUAUUAGUGUGGGUUGUUUGAAAUUGACCUGGGAUUCAUUUCCGCAAAGUUGCCAGUGUUUUUAACUGACCAGAAAUUGUUGAUUCAAUGAAGCUGGGUUUUAGUUAACAAUGAUGAAGUGCCUCAAAGUUGAGGAUGCGUUAUCUUAUCUAGACCAGGUCAAAGCGAGAUUCUCUGGUCAGGGGGCAAUCUAUAUGGACUUUCUUGAUGUCAUGCGUGAUUUCAAGGCUCAGACAAUUGGUACGGAAGUUGUUAUUCGACGGGUACGUGAGCUGUUUGAAGGUCAUCCUGAUUUGAUCACUGGAUUCAACACUUUCAUACCUCAAGGGUAUCGUAUGGAUGCUCCUCCUACAUCACAUCAGUCUUUUAACAGCAAACCUACAUGCACCGUUAUCCCAUCAAGGAGUACAUUAUCAAUAUCCUCAUCCGAUAAUGUAACUCCAGUUAAAGGAGUUUGCACUUCGCUAAAAGUUAGUGAAGCAGUGAGUGAAUGGUCACCCCCAGGAAGUUUAACUGGUGUAGCCAGCAGUCAGUUCGACGUUUCCAGUCGCCCAAAUGUUCAUGUAUCUGUUGUCUCUAACUGCCUACCACUGUCAGUUUCAUCUCCACCUAUACGUGCUUUAACUCCUAAUAUUCAACCUGAUGGUCUUAGUUAUAACUCGUCAACUCAACAACAGUUUUUGUCGACAGACUAUCAAGAGAACCUUUCCAAUGUCAUUGUUAGAAACUCACACAAUACUACAAGUUUACCACAAUCUCCUCACGUUUAUCAGCAGAACCAACACCAGUCAUUCCAUCACGCUCUCCAGUAUGUGAAUAAAAUAAAGAACCGGUUCCAAGGCAUACCUGAUGUCUACAAACGAUUCCUCGAUAUAUUGCAGUGGUACCAAAAGGAACAAAGACAUUCAGAUCCUAUGUGUCGUAAACAGGCCGAAUUACAGGUUUACCAGGAUGUUGCCAAGCUGUUUGAUGGCCAAGAGGAUCUACUUCAGGAAUUCAGCCAGUUCUUACCUGAAUCCUUUGGCGUUACGAGUGCUGUGACUGAAACGACGAUAAAUAGGAAGAACUCUGGCUAUUCACAACUCAGUGGGUCAGAUUUACUAGAUCCGUCUGUUCCAGUGCCUCAGUUAAUAAACCGUGUUUCGGAAGGUAUCAACCUAGCGCUGUCUUCUAGACAGCGACCAGGUCAAGAAGCUGUUCCUGCAAAUGUGGAUUCCAAAAAACUAAAGCGACUUGCUCCUGCACCUUCUGCUUUUUCGAACAGUGCCUCAACAGUUAUUCCACCCAAGAAAUCUCGUUCUUCAGUACGAGAUGUUAGCAUUGUUGAUACAAAUCAAUUGACCACAGGUAUUGGCGUGUCACUUUUGCAAAAGAUUCGAGAUGCUUUGGAUGCUGACAGUCCAGUAGGGAGUCGUUCCUACCAAACCUUCCUACAAAACGUUUGUUUAUUCAACCGUCGGAUAAUAUCAGCUGAUGAACUGUUAGAAACGACACAUCCUCUAUUUAUAAGACAUGUAGACGUGUGGAGACGCUUCAGUGAUUUCAUCAUGUCAUCACGAAAUUCAUCCCAAGAAGGAUUUGGACAACUUCAGUCUCAUUCUCCUGCUUACUCCCGGGACAGACAUGAUCGUGAUAAACAUGGUACUUGUAAUUUCCCGUGUGAUGCUCAUACAUGUUCUGAUUCUCUGUCCAACAACAUAAACAAUCAACCGCCUACAUCAUUAGUCUCACUUGUAAGUGAAGUGUCUCAAAAAAGAUUGGAUUUGGAUUACACUAAACUCCGAAGUUGUGGUGUAAGCUAUCGAGCAUUACCAUCGAAUUUCCCGCAGAGCAAAUGUUCCGGUCGCCAAAAAUGCCCAGUUGCAAAAGAAGUGUUAAAUGAUUCGUAUAUCAGUUUCUCUUCGCUUACCUCCGAAGAUUCUCAGUUUGUAUCAUCUAAAAAGAAUCAAUAUGAAGAAAAUAUGUAUCGUGUGGAAGAUGAACGUUAUGAAGUAGAUAUGGUUACUGAACUCAAUAGAGCUGCAAUGCAAAAUCUAGUUGUUGUUAAAAAACGUAUGGAUAGAUUAAAUAAAGAACAACUUAUUCAAUUUCAUAUGGAUGAUAAAUUAGGUGGAACAUCAGCAAUUUUAAUGCGAAAAGCUAUACACAGAGUUUAUGGUGAUAAAGCAGGUGAUGUAAUAUAUGGCUUAAAAAAUUGUCCUAAUACAGUACUCCCAUUGGUUAUACAACGUAUGCGUCAAAAAGACACAGAAUGGCGAGAAACUAUCCGUAAUUAUCAACGGUCUUGGGCAGAUCAAGAUGCACGUAAUUAUUUACGUUCUUUGGAUCAUCAGGGUGCAACAUUCAAACAACGUGAUGCACCUUUCAUACGUAGUAAAACUAUGAUUAGUCAGAUAGAAUCUAUCGCCCGAAAUGAUAAGCAUACAUCGUGUCAUUCUAGUUCAGAUCCUGUCGGUAAAAUGAUUUCUACUCUGCUUACUCAACAUAAUUUUAUUCCACGUGAUAUCAGUAAUCCAGGAUCUAUGGGUUCUGCUUUAGCCAAUGUAUUAGAAGGGAAUAAUGAAGAUGAAUCAGCUCAUUUAACAUUAGUAUAUCCACCACCAGAUAUUAGAAAUUCACUUUUAGAAGAUGCUGCAUCAUUGAUUAUACAUCAUGUAAAACGUCAAUCCAAUGCAAGUAAAAAUGAUAAACGAUCUAUGAAAUGUUUAGUAAGAACUGUACUACAAGAUAUCUUUAUGGCGAAUCGUUUUCCGAUGUCAGAUGAUGAAGAUGAUGAGGAGGAUGAAGAUGAAGAUAUCGAUCAAAAACAGGAGGAUGAAGAGGCAAUCGAUGAAAUAGGCGAAAAUAAUGAUGAUGGUUGUCGUAAUAGACCAGGAAGAAAUUUUAAAUUAUCAAAACGUUUCCCCGAAUCUCGUAAACUACUAUUCCCGGGGGAAGAGACAACAACAUCAUCAUCGGUUAUAGAUCAUUCUGAUGAAUCUGAUAUAACUCGUAAAGAUAAUGUAAAAAUGGAAACAGAACCACUUAUUGUAAAAACUGAUGAUGGUUUAUCAUCUAACCGACUAAAACCAGAUGAUACAAAUUAUAAUUCACCUGGAUUAUCUACACAAAACAUCUCCAGAUCUUGUCAUAAUAAUAAUAAUUUAGAAAAUUCCGUUAAUGAACUUCGUAAUACGGAACUUAGUUGUAUGUCUAAUUUGCCCAAACAGGAAUACUAUUCUGUACUAUAUGGAAAUAAUCACUGGUAUGCAUUUUUAAGGCUUCAUCAUCUCCUUUUGUGCCGAUUGCAUCAUCUACGUACUCGUGGUGCAACAGCUGUUCAAGAAGCUGUUUUAGACAAAGAUGAAUAUCAUGUACAAGCGGCUGAAUUACUUCAUCUUCGUAGAUACGGUGGUACUGAUCCCUCGCAAUAUUAUACUCAUGCUCUUAAUUUGGUUAAAGAUCUAUUGGAUGGUGGAGAGGAUAUAAACACCUAUGAGGAUAGAUUACGUGAUAUGUUUGGAAUACAUGCCUAUCCAUGGUUUACUAUGGAUCGUCUUAUAAUUAAUAUAGUCCGUCAAUUGCAAGCACUUACCAGUGGGGAUGAAUUAAGUCGUCGAUUGACAGCUUUACAUCGCUCUUGGAUCGGUAAUUCAGCUUACAAUGAUCGAGGCCUACAGUUGAAUAAUUCUGUUUCAAAUUUUCCUCAGUAUUCGGACGUUUGUGGUCCAUUGUAUACUCGUGUCUGCCGAUUGGCAAAUGAGAGUGCAUAUCAUUCUCAGGCUAUGGCUAUUUGUUCUUCUUUUGCUGGUUCAAAUAGCUCUUGCAAUGUUGGUUCAGGUUCUGGAAAUUCAUUUUCAUCCAAUACAGGACAAAGCAACACAAAUACUUUUAAUAAUAAUAAUAAUAAUAAUAACAACAAUAAUAAUAAUAAUCCUAAUUCAUGGCCUAAUUGUUAUUUAAUUGUGGUACUCUCAGAAGCGUCUACUAUGCUUAUUCGUCUAAUGAAACCUGCUCAUCCAACUAAGUGUGAAUCAGAGAAAGGUCAUGAUACAUGCUUCUAUUCUAAUCAUACAAAUUUUAUUCCUUCAGACAUCUCUAAUCCUUCAGAUCGUGAAUUUUUGCACAGAGAAAAAUUGAAAUCAGGUGUUUCUAUUCGUCAUUGGCAUGACUAUCUUACAACUCAUCUUUCUUGGACUCUUGGAUAUGUCCCGCACAAUAUAUGUUCACGCAUUUUACCAGUAUUUUUAUAUCGUACUGUCCGUAAAUGUGUGAAUGCUUUAACACGUACCGCACUUCAACGAAGACAACAGUUGGUAAUUCAGACAGGAGAUACACAACCUGAAGAAAUUAUAGCACAAGGAAUAGCCUCUACUAGUGAAAAGUCUACUGAAUCAGUUGGUAGUUCGGAGAAUCAGGAACAACGAUUCAAAUCUCCUAGUACAUCUAAUUUUGAAAGAGAUGUUUGGGAGUUCAUGAUCCGCGUUUUCAGAAAUGAUCUUACACAUAAAGAAGUAUGUGCCAUUUUUAUUUUGUGUUGUCUCGCCUCCUCUUGAUAUCUUUAGAUGUGUAUGUAUUUGUCUAUUAUUAUGUUGAAUGUCAUUUCAUAUUUUCGCAUGAAUUACUGUUUUUGAACAUUUGAAUCUAUUAUAUUAUCACCAAAUUCUUAGCUCUAUAAAUUUUCUCAAUUAAAAUAAUGGUUUUUACUUUUGCAAGCAAAAGCAUUUCCAAACACCUUUGAAUUGCUUUCAGAUUUCAAAGCUAGGCAAAGUUAAACUAUCAUAGCCCCCAAAAUCAUGAUGAUCUUGAACAGCCAAUCAGAAUUCAGAUGCACAAAAGUUGCAUAAUCGUUGCAAAAUAUACAUGAAAAAAUAUCGUAAACUUGAUAUUACAUUGUAUAUUUGUAGCUUAUGUCAAUACAUAGAUGAUUUAUAAAGAUAUAAUAGCAUGCGCAAUAUACCCCAUUCAUCUAAGUGACCGUGUAGGUCAUGGUACCUUGAGAUACAUUGAGAUUUCUGAUACUAUUCGCCAACCCACUCCUAACUCCAAUCAUAAUCCUAACUCCUAAUCUCAACUUUAAUCCUAAACCUUAAUCUUAAAAGCCAUAACCCUACCUAAUACUAUAGAUUUUCAGAAAAAGUACGUAGGAAAGAAGUAGAAUACUGUAUUUAUCCUCUUCAUGUCCCAAAAGACAGGCAUGAUCUGAUUUGGAAUGCCGUUUCAUAGUAUUUUCAAGUAUUCGUUUUGUAGGGAUUUUGUUUGAUUGGAUAGAGGAUUUCAUCAUGAGGUGACAUCUAACUGAUGUCAGCUCGUAAUGAAAUCCUCAGUCCAUUUCAUAAUAAUACCUGUGUCUGAUCAGUUCUUGAAGGUCAACUCUUGAAAGAUCUUGACUUUGGUUAUGAUAAUUUAACUUCGCCUAAAGCUAUAAAGACCAUCAGUACCUACACCUUGAUUAAUUUAGUGAUAUUUGAAGAUAUUCAUGAUUGUAUUGAAAUCCUAGAGUAGUUGCUGUACUGUAGGGUAGACUCCUCUUAUGUCAAGUGUACUAACUAUUCAUAUUUGUCGGUUUUUUGGUUAAGACUAUUUUUUAAAACUUUAUUCUUCUAAAGCUAGUCCUAAUUUCGUCUGUAAUAUCGGUUUGAUGUAUCCAACGCUUAUUUUGAGUACUUUUAUUCGAGUUUGUUCAUUGUUCCCGACGUACACUGCAUAUAGUAACAAACAUACAUUAAAAGAAGUGUUCAUUCUUGUUUGUUAAAAAUUAUACUGCGUUUCCUACUAUAAUUAUUCACCUGGGUAAACAAACAAUUUUAAUCGGUAGUUUUUUUUUUUAGCUAAAUACCUAAUAGUUCAUGCAUACAUAUGCAUAUUAGGGAAAUCAUAAGUACUCCUUACCCCCUUCUACUUUAGUAUUUGUCUAGUUGAGAGGUGGACGUGCUUCAACCCCUAUCCUAUCGUUAAAAAAAGUGAAUCUAUUUAACUGACGUAGACUGAAGUAAACAGUGCUUCUUAACUCCCAUCUUAUUGUUUUUUAGUUGUUUAUCAAGUAUAUAAUAUUCUAUCAAUGAUGUAUUAUGCGACACAAAACAAGACAGAAAUCGAAUUGUACUCUACCAAAGUACUCAAACAAUGCCAAGUAACUACUUCUAUGUCGGUAAGAAACUUACCGCAUCAAGAAAAAGCCUUUCCAACAGUCUGAUGCAGACUUUUGUCAACAGCUGACCAUCUCGCUGGUUGCAUACUGAAGAUCGAAUGGCCAGAAAGAAUUAGCAACGAGAAACUCUGGAAACAAACUAACCAAGAGCCGAUUGCGCAGAAAAUAUGUGGAAGAAAGUGGAGAUGGACCGGGUUAUACGCUGAGUAGGCCGUCGAAUGACAUCACGCCCCAGGGCCUUGAGUGGAAUCCAAAUGAUGGGUCGUCAGUGGGAAGGUGUCAUUGAGAAGAUUGUGUAGUAAGGAGAAGGUGUGAAAUUACGCGCAGUCAAGGAGCUAGUCAGCUGAAGAGGACAGCAGGAAAUAGAACAAAGUGGAGAUGUGUUGUUGAAGCCCUAUGUUCCACUCGGAACCCAAGGGAACAAUACGCGCUUUUACCCAUAGAUGUUUAUUUUAUUUGGUUGUUGGUUUUUGAGGUUGAAUGAAUAGUUAUGCAUACUAAUCUAUAAGAACUUAUUGAUUUUACAAUUCUUCCCUCGAAAAAUAUAGAUAUAUCGUUUUGUAGAGUAUAACAUGUUUAAUUACUAACUACCUUGCUGAGUUUCUCUUGUCAAAAGGGACUGAGUAAUUAAAACCCAAUACUUUAUUGUUUGUGUCUAGCAUACAAUAAUUUGUUUUUUCUUCAAUCAAUAGCGUUGGAAAUAGUGUACAUACAUUUGAAAUAACACUGUUUUUUCUUCUGUUUUAAAUCUUAGCUCUUCCGUAAUACCUUUUCAAGUGACUGCAUGCAUUCCACUGAACGUUUAGAUUCAAGAGUUACACGUAAUCAUAAAAUAAAUUGGUCUGUUGGUUCUUAUGGAAUAUUCGUUCGAUAUCCUAGACGACGGACUUGUCGAACUUAUCCUGUAGAAAAAUGGCAUAAAUUUCAUUCUGAUUGGUUAGCAAAACAUAUUGACUCUGAUAACAGUGAUGAUGUCCAACACAAAGAGGAGGAGCAAGAUCAGGAGGAGGAGGUGGAGGCGAGUAAAACAUUGAGUACAGUUGAUGAAAUACCCCCUGAAACAGAAAAAUCAAUUGACAACGUCAUGGAGUCAGAGAAAUCACAGAAAAAAGAAUCAUUGACUGUAGACGUGAAUGAUAAUACUCUGAUCAGUGGUGGUGAAGUUGGUCAAAGUUUCUCAAAUUGUGAAGAAGAAGAAGAGGAUAAUGGUGAAGAAGGAGAAGAGGAAGAGGGAGAGGAGGAAGGGGAAGAAGCAGAAGAUGACGAUGAUGGUGAGAGGGAGGACGACGAGGAGGAGGAUGAUGAAGACGAUGAUGAUGAUGAUGAUGAAGGACAAAGAAAUCUCAUUGUAGAUGCAACUACAACAACUCCAGUGGAAUCAGAUACUUCAUGCUCUUCUUAAUACAAUUGUCUUCAUGAUAGGCUGUGUAAAUAUGUUUUUUCUCUUCUCUCUCCUUAUUUUCCUUGUUUAAUAUAUAUAUAUAUAUAUAUAUAUAUAUAUAUAUAUAUAUAUAUAUAUAUCAUUAUAUUGAAUUUUAUUACGUGAUAUGUAUGCGUGUGUACAUAAAUAAUUAUCAAUGCAUAUAUGUAUGAUGAUUAUGACACCCCUUACUUUUAUGUUAUUAUAUGUACUUUGCGCAAUCUCUCUCUCUCUCUCUGUAUGUGCGAAUGUGUACUUUGUUUGUUUAUUUUUCACACAAUAAUUCUACUUUCAUUCUUCAAUGCAGUUAUCAACAUUAUUUCACACGAUUUUAUACAUAUACUUGCUAAUUUCAGCUUAAAAGUUAGUUUUCUUGUUUUUGUUUUCUUUUAUUUCUUUCUUUGGUAUAUUUUAUUUACUUAUAUAUUACUUGAAUGAUACUCACACCACCUGUAUAUGUACACAUUAUUAUUAUUUAUCUGACUGACAGAUAUCAAUGUAUAAACUCACCUACCUACGAACCGACUGACCGAUCUACCAAUCCUCCCUCGUUUUCUCUCCCUCCCUCCUGCAUUAAUAUACUUGUUUGUAUAAAAUUCAAUGUAUCUUCUAACCCUUUGUUUUAACACAUUAUUAUUAUUAUUAUGAUUAUUAUUAUUAUUAUCAUUUAUUCAUAUAUAUGUUUUAAUAAUAUUAUUAUUAUUAUUAAUAUCCCUACCGUUAUUAUUAUUAUUAUUACUUCUAUCUUCAAUAUGUGCAUGUAUGCAUGCAUACUACUUACAAAUGGAUAUAUAUGACAAAUGUUGCAGCUAAAUGAUAAUAAUGCUGAUAUAAUACUGAUGAUAAACUUUUUCAGUGUGUCUGUAGUGUGUGUGUGUUAUUUGGCGGCUAUCUAUCCUAUCCUAUCCAUCCGUCUAUCAACGUUUGUGAAUCCUUCUCUUUUUACUGUUAUUAUUAUUUUAUUUUAGAGAUUAUUGUGCAUUAUUUAGUUUUUUUUAUUAUUCACAUUUGCAAAGUAACACUUCAGCCUUCUUUUGUUUUCUUAUUGUUUCUCUUCUUCCUAAUUUUAUAUUAGUUAUCUAACUGUAUUCAUUAAUUAACUAAUUAAUUAUGACGCAAUCUGUUGUUCAAUGUUUUAUUCUCAUUAAUGUAUGUACGUAUGUAUGUACGCAUGCAUGUAUGUUGGUCGGCUGGUUGGUUAGUAGUUAGCCAGCUGACGACUACCUGUCUGCUUACCUGCCUACCUACCUACCUACCUUACCCACUUACAGUGUGUAUAAAGUUUUCUUUACCAAUUGAUGAAUUUGUUUAGUUUAAUCAAUUUUUUUCUACUUGUUCUUGCUUAUAUUGAAUAUUUACGCCGAUUUGGUGUGAAGGAAUUUAACUGAUCACAAG